CAAGCUGCCAGUCAGAUGACUCUUACAGAAGGGAUGUACCCUGCACGCCUGCUGGACUCAAUUCAGCUGCUUCCUCAGCAAGCUGCCAUGGCUUCUAUUUUGCCUACAGCUAUUGUCAAUAAGGAUAUAUUCCCUUGCAAGUCCUGCGGCAUCUGGUAUCGGAGCGAGCGGAAUCUGCAAGCCCAUUUGAUGUACUACUGCAGCGGGAGGCAAAGAGAAGCUGCUGCAGUGGCAGAGGAAAACGAAGACAGCGCUCCUCAGAUUUCCAGUCUGUGCCCCUUCCCACAAUGCACCAAGAGCUUUUCAAAUGCCCGAGCUCUAGAAAUGCACCUGAACUCACACAGUGGAGUGAAAAUGGAAGAAUUCCUCCCCCCUGGUGCUAGUCUAAAAUGCACCGUCUGUAGCUACACUGCUGAUUCUGUGAUCAACUUUCACCAACACCUGUUCUCGCAUCUCACUCAAGCUGCCUUCCGAUGCAAUCACUGCCACUUUGGCUUCCAGACUCAGAGGGAGUUAUUGCAGCACCAGGAGCUCCAUGUCCCUGGCAGCAAACUACCCAGAGAAAAUGACAUGGAACACUCUCCAAGUGGAACUGAAGACAGCUUACCGCCAGCCACAGACUUGCUGAUCAGAAGCGAACUCCCCCAGGGCCAGAAGGCCAUGCAGACUAAAGAUGCGAGCUCUGACACAGAGCUGGACAAGUGUGAGAAAAAGACUCAGCUCUUUCUCACGAACCAGAGACCUGAAAUUCAGCCCACAACAAAUAAACAAAGCUUUUCUUACACGAAAAUAAAGUCUGAGCCCUCUAGUCCAAGACUUGCCUCAUCUCCAGUUCAGCCUAAUAUCGGGCCUUCUUUCCCCGUGGGACCCUUUCUAUCUCAGUUUGCUUUUCCCCAGGAUAUCACAAUGGUCCCGCAAGCUUCAGAGAUCUUAGCCAAGAUGUCUGAACUGGUACAUCGGCGACUGAGGCACGGAAGUAGUAGCUACCCUCCUGUCAUUUACAGCCCCUUGAUGCCCAAAGGGGCUACCUGUUUUGAGUGUAACAUAACCUUCAAUAAUUUGGAUAAUUACCUAGUGCACAAAAAACAUUACUGCAGCAGCCGAUGGCAGCAGAUGGCCAAGUCCCCAGAGUUCCCUGGUGUUUCAGAAAAGAUGCCUGAGGCUGUGAGUCCCAACACAGGCCAGACCUCCAUAAACCUUCUCAAUCCAGCCGCUCAUUCUGCUGAUCCUGAGAAUCCGCUUCUUCCAACACCCUGCAUCAAUUCUUCCACUGUUUUAGAUCUAAUUGGACCAAAUGGGAAGGGCCACGACAAGGACUUUUCCACUCAAGCUAAGAAGCUCUCCGCUCCCAACAGCAACGAUGAUAAAAUUAACGGAAAACCUGUUGAUGUGAAAAAUCCCAGUGUCCCCUUAGUGGACGGGGAAAGUGACCCAAAUAAGACUACCUGUGAAGCUUGCAACAUUACUUUCAGCCGGCACGAAACAUACAUGGUCCACAAACAGUAUUAUUGUGCUACGCGCCACGACCCUCCGCUGAAGAGGUCCGCUUCCAGCAAAGUGCCUGCCAUGCAGAGAACCAUGCGCACGCGCAAGCGCAGGAAGAUGUAUGAGAUGUGCAUGCCUGAACAGGAGCAAAGGCCGCCACUCGUCCAGCAGCGGUUUCUCGACGUAGCCAACCUCAGCAAUCCUUGUACCUCCUCUCAAGAACCCGCGGAAGGGCUGGGAGAGUGCUACCACCCAAGAUGUGAUAUCUUUCCGGGAAUUGUCUCAAAGCACUUGGAAACUUCCCUGACCAUCAACAAGUGUGUUCCGGUUUCCAAAUGUGACACUGCUCAUGCCAGUGUUUCCUGCCUGGAGAUGGAUGUGCCCAUAGAUCUCAGCAAAAAGUGUUUAUCCCACGCCGAGCGGACGACCGCGUCUCCCAAAAGGCUGCUGGACUACCACGAGUGCACUGUGUGCAAGAUCAGUUUCAACAAGGUAGAAAACUACCUGGCCCACAAGCAGAAUUUCUGCCCGGUCACUGCACAUCAGCGUAAUGACCUGGCGCCGCUCGACAGUAAAGUGUUUCCGAAUCCAGAAAGCGAACGAAACAGCCCCGAUGUCAGCUAUGAAAGAAGCAUCAUAAAAUGUGAGAAAAAUGGGAAUCUGAAGCAGCCCUCCCCCAAUGGAAACUUAUUUUCAUCCCACUUAGCUACUCUGCAGGGCCUGAAAGUCUUCAGUGAAGCGGCUCAGCUCAUCGCGACAAAAGAAGAAAACAAACAUUUGUUUCUUCCACAAUGCCUGUACCCUGGAGCAAUAAAGAAGGCAAAAGGAGCCGACCAGCUUUCUCCUUAUUAUGGAAUAAAGCCAAGUGAUUAUAUUUCUGGUUCUCUUGUCAUCCAUAACGCCGACGUGGAGCCGAGCACAAACGCGGAAAGUGACUCUCCCAAAGGCCAGACUUCUUCCAACGGGUGCGCUGUGCCGAAGAAAGAUUCCCUGCCGUUGUUGCCCAAGAAUCGAGGCAUGGUCAUAGUGAAUGGUGGACUGAAGCAAGACGAGCGCCCUGCCGCCAACCCACAGCAAGAGAACAUCGGCCAGAACCCUCAACAUGAAGACAGCCGCAAGUCACCCUCCUGGAUCUCCGAGAACCCGUUAGCCGCGAACGAGAACGUCUCCCCAGGAAUUCCCUCCGCAGAGGACCAGUUGUCUAGUAUAGCUAAAGGUGUGAAUGGCUCUACCCAGGCUCCAACCAGUGGCAAAUACUGCCGGCUGUGUGACAUCCAGUUCAACAACCUCUCAAACUUUAUAACUCACAAGAAGUUUUAUUGUUCAUCACAUGCCGCGGAACAUGUCAAAUGAAAUCACAAAGUAAAUAAACAUGAGUCACCUUUGGUACCAGUGUUUAGUAUGUUGGUCUACCCAGU